AUGGCACCAAAGAAGACUGUCGGCAUCCUGGGCGGUGGCCAGCUGGGCCGCAUGCUCACGCACCCCGCCGCGUUGCUGGGUAUCCCCCUCCUCAUCCUCGACAAGGGCGGAUACACCCCGGCCAAGCAGACCCUGCUCGCGCCCCCUGGCACGACCCACCCCGACGGAGCCUUCACCUCGGAGGAGCACAUCCGCGAGCUCGCAAAGACGUGCGACGUCCUCACCGUUGAGAUCGAGCACGUCAACGCCGACGUCCUCGCCGCUGUCGUCAACGAGGGUCUCUGUGAUGUCCAGCCCUCGCCAGCCACCAUCCGCCUCAUCCAGGACAAGUACAUCCAAAAAGAGCACCUCGCGGCUGCCGGCAUCCCCGUAGCCCCCUUUAAGGCGCUCACCAACCCUUCGACUGAUGACGUUCGGGACCUCGCUGCCACCCUCGGCCUGCCGAUGAUGCUCAAGGCACGCACGCUCGCCUACGAUGGCCGCGGUAACGCGCCUCUGAAGAGCACAGACGACAAGGCCAUCUCUGACGCCCUCGCGUUCCUCGGCGACAGACCGUUGUACGCAGAGGGCUGGGCGCCAUUCGUCAAGGAGGUCGCAGUCAUGGUCGUGCGCAACACGGCCGGCGAGGUCCGCUCGUACGAUGCAGUUGAGACGGUGCACCGCGACAGCAUCCUGCGUGUGUGCUCUGCUCCGCUGCGCGCGGACGGCGCGGCGAUGCGUGGCGUCAAUGUUCGUGCGCGCCAGCUCGCUGAGCGUGCCGUCGCCACCCUUGACGGUGCCGGAGUGUUUGGCGUCGAGAUGUUCCUCCUCCCCGACGGCAGCCUGUUGCUCAACGAGAUCGCGCCCCGGCCUCACAACUCUGGCCACCACACCAUCGAGGCCUGCAACACCAGCCAGUACGAGAACCACCUCCGUGCUAUCCUCGCCUUGCCCCUCGGCGACACCAGCCUCCGCGUUCCGGCCGCCGCGAUGGUCAACGUCCUCGGUGUCGACGGCAACAUGGGCCCUGUCGAGCAGAUGGCCGACGACGCGCUCGCCGUCCCUGGCGCCACCGUGCAUCUCUACGGAAAGGCUGAGAGCCGCAAGGCGCGCAAGAUGGGCCACAUCACCGUCACUGGCUCGAGCGACGCCGAGGUCCAGUCGCGCGUGCGCACCCUGCUCUCGCAGCAGCCCGACCUGGACCAGAAGUUCAUCGACUCGGUCGCUCCUCCCUCGGUGGCCGGUCACAGUCACACCGCGCCGCUUGUUGGGAUCAUCAUGGGCUCGGACUCUGACUUGCCUACCAUGCUCCCCGCCACCAAGAUCCUCGACAAGUUUGGCGUGCCCUACGAGCUGACGAUCACCAGCGCCCACCGCACCCCUGACCGCAUGGUGACGUACGCGCGCUCGGCCGCGAGCCGCGGCCUCCGCGCCAUCAUCGCAGGCGCGGGCGGCGCAGCCCACCUUCCCGGCAUGGUGGCGAGCGAGACGAGUGUGCCGGUUAUCGGCGUGCCCGUCAAGGCGUCCGUGCUCGACGGCGUCGACAGCCUGUACUCGAUCAUCCAGAUGCCCCGCGGCAUCCCUGUCGCCACCGUCGGCAUUAACAACAGCACCAACGCUGCCCUCCUUGCCGUGCGCAUCCUCGGCACCUCGGUGCCCUCGUGGCAGCGCGAGACCGAGGGAUACCAGCACGCUCUUGAGCAGGAGGUGCUCGGCAAGGCCGACGUCCUCGAGAACAUGGGCUGGGACCAGUACGUCAAGGACGUGCUCAAAAAGUAG